AUAAGGGUACUCAGUCAACUCAUGAUGAUAGGAAGGGUAAGGAUCGAAUGGAUGAUGUUGACCCUCAAGAUGUUGGGAUCAUGUUACCUGAUGAUGAAGCAGCGCUUUUGUCCGGCGCACUGGAUUGUCUUGACCUUAGUGAGUCGCCUGGACAAGUGCUUGUUGCGUUGGAAGACUGUGAUCUUUUCUGCGGUGGAGGGAAAAUGGAAUUGGAUUCUGAUCCUAAGGAGAGCAUUACAGUUGGUAGCUAUUUAGGUAAUGUAAACCAUCAGUACACUCUUGCCAGUGGUGUUGGGACUGUUUCGGUGGCACACCCGCAUUGCGAGCAUCCUUCGAGAACUUUAUUUGUGCGAAACGUCGACAAUAAUGUCGAAGACUCUGAACUGCGGUCGCUCUUUGAGAAAUUUGGAGAAAUUCGAAGUCUUUAUACUGCAUGCAAACCGAAGGGAUUUGUGAUGAUAUCUUACUAUGAUAUACGAGCUGCUCAAUCUGCCAGGCGUGCAUUACAGAACAUGCCCUUAAGGCGAAGGAAUCUCGACAUACAUUAUUCGAUUCCGAAGGAUAACCCAUCGAACCAAGAGACGAACCAAGGAAAUCUUGUGGUGUUCAAUUUAAGACCUUCACUUUCUACUGAAGACAUUGCGCAAAUGUUCGGGGCGUACGGUGAAAUCAAAGAGAUAUGGGAGACUCCUCACAAACGGCACCACAAAUUUAUCGAGUUCUAUGAUGUCAGAGCAGCAGAAGUUGCGCUUCGAUCAUUGCACAACACUGAGAUAGCCGGCAUGCGAUUAAAGAUAGAACCCAGCAGCCAUGGUGGAACUCGUAGGUACUCGAUGCAACAGCUGAGUCGUGAGUCUGAACAAGACGAGAGCGUAGUUCCUGGGGACCUGUCCAUUGCCAAUUCGUCUCCAGGUUCAUGGCUACAACUCGGUAUCCCGAAUGACAUUCCAUAUUGUCAGCAAGAUACAUGGAGAAAUGAUGACAUUACACUAGAAAGUUUUGCCAAGUCCGCUGCGAACCCUACUGGAUUAUCGGGUUAUCGUGACAAGAUAAGCUCCAGCAGCAGCAGCAGUCCUUUACAGGGAGGUGGAUCUCAACGAUCUCAUUCCUUCCCAUAUCUUGGUUGUGCUCAGGGAGAGAUGACUUCAAUCUCAGGAAAUUUAACUUCUUUUGGUCCUCCGACUCCAAACACAUCUGGUGUUCGAAAUCAAAGUGUCUCACGGUAUCCCUGCGGUACUUCGACUUCUUACAUGGGUAAUGUGCAGUCUUCUUCUUGGCAGCCUGGAGCUACAGGAGGCUCGUUCAUGGCGGAUGGACACGGACGAGAACGGAGCUCUCGCUACUCAAACCAGCAUGGCUCGUUCAUGGGGUCACCACACCAUCAGCAUGGAUAUUUAAUCCCCGUGACACAAGACACUUCCUUCGUGAUGAACAUGACUCCUUCCGGUGGCAGUUCACUUGCGAACAUGAAGAACCAAGGCAUUACUGUAUCAGGGAAUGUGCCUUCUCAUGGAUUUGGAGCUGCGCCCUUUUACAAUGCUCCUUAUUCUGGCCGAGCAAACAACGACCAGUAUCAGCUUGACUUGGAUAAAAUCACCAAGGGGGAAGACACUCGAACAACGAUAAUGAUAAAGAACAUUCCGAACAAGUACACCUCCAAGAUGAUUUUAGCUGAAAUAGACGCAACUCACAAAGGCACCUAUGACUUUUUCUACCUGCCAAUUGAUUUUAUGAAAAUGUGCAACGUGGGUUAUGCAUUCAUUAACAUGCUGUCUCCUGCGCACAUAUUAACCUUUUACCAGGCAUUCAGUGGGAAGAAGUGGGAGAAGUUCAACAGUGAGAAGAUUAUCUCUCUGGCAUUUGCACGAAUCCAGGGUAGAGCAGCACUUCUUGCCCACUUCCAGGACUCGAGCUUGAUGGCUGAAGCUAAGAUAUGGCACCCUAUCUUUUUGGAUCCUGAGGGAGCAGAGGCUGGUGAUCAGGAACUCCUACCGCAAGCAGGACACAAGGAAUCAGUUUGGAUGAGAAGAGAGAAGAACACCUCAUCUGGAGGUAGCUUUGAAGAGUAG